AUAUGACUUGAUUGUGUCAAAAGCCACCCUAUUGAGUCUGCCAUAAAUAAGCAUAACUUGCGCACAGGGAAUUCCCUCUGUGUGUGUGCCAGGGUGCAUGUUUAUUUAGGGUGGGUGGUUGAAGAGGAAGUGAUUGUGUAUAUAUAGUAAGUACAUGAGGAAGUGUUGUUAGAACCAGCAUUUGUUGACCAUCUCACAGCAGUCAGACAGAAGCCCAGUAUGAAGUUAACAAUUUCUCUCACAGCUUUCAUGGGAUUUUUCUGGGUCCUGCCCUCAGAGGUCUCUACAGAUAACACAGAGGUGCCAUCUCCCAGAAUUAUCCAGCCCAUAAGGUCCAAAAUAGUAGCUGUUCUAGGAAAGCGGUUGGUUAUUGAAUGUAAGGCAGACCCAGGCCUUCCUGAUGACUUUGCCCUUGUCUACUGGCUGGUCAACGGCACAUUCCCAGAGGUAGCUGAUGGCAGAGUAUCAGAAACAGAAGAAUCAGUUUCUGAGGACGGCAGGGUGUUGCAGAGGAGUCUGGUGUUUAAGAGUGUGACUGCAGAGGACUUCAGGUCCACCUUUACCUGUGUGAUAAACAGCCCGGCUGGGCUUGACCAAAGGACUGUCACACUGAUGACCAAUCACAAGGCUAUAUUUCCCCCUCCUUCACCCACUCCCAACACCAAACCGAGGAGAGAACAAUGAGAAAAGACAUAGGAAAAAGGACCAAAGAAAAACACGCUAGCAAGAAAUGAGAUGACGGAUGGACUUAGUCCACUCAUGCAUCAUCCAUAGUUCAGUGAAAAAGACAAUGAACACGUACUGACAAAAAGCCCUUCUAUUGCUCUAUCUAGUGGCAAUAGUCAAGUAUGGAUUCUAAUGCAAUAARCUUGAGGACUCAAAAGAAACUGACGACUAAGAAAGGAUGGAUGAAAAAGAAUACAUUAAAAUUGUGACCAUACACAUUUGUUUAAUGAACUGACUGUAUUUGUUUAAUGAACUGUAACCUAGGUUAAAGAUCAUUUAGUUCAAGGGAACUUCUCUUAAUCUGCUGUUAUUCUUUCACAUCUCUGUUAGAAAUUGAUUAAGUUGUGUUUUAUCAUGACAAAGCAACACCAUACAUGUCCUGGAAGUAGGCAGCCAUUGCAAAUAAGAUUGCAUCAUGUCAUUUGUGUAAACCUUGUAAACAUAUACCAAGCAUUGAUAAGAGUGCGUUUACAUUAGCUCACUAUUUAUGUAAAGCAUCAUAAUGACAAUGUUAUAUUUUGUGUAUAGUCAAUACAUGUGUAAUGGCCUAUAAAUAUACAUUUUCAAUGGCUUAA